AUGUCCAAGCACGACCAAGGAACUGAUCUGGACCUGAUAAUAAUCGGCGCUGGUAUUGCCGGAAUCAAUGCAGCGUACCGUUACCAGGAGUCGUCGCCAGGCAAGCGCUCUUACGCCGUGUUGGAGGCGCGCGAGUCCAUCGGCGGUACCUGGGACCUGUUUCGGUACCCAGGAAUCCGGUCUGACUCGGACAUUUUUACAUUUGCGUUCCAGUGGAAUCCCUGGCCGAGAAAGGAGGCGCUCGCUGACGGCCACGACAUCAAGCAGUACCUGAUUGACUCGGCCACCAAGACGGGGAUCAUCAAGCACAUCCGACUGGGCCACAAAGUAACCUCGAUAGACUGGCAAUCGGAAGCGUCGCGCUGGAAGGUCACCACUAGCUCACCAGGAAGCGCCAAAGAGCCCGCGACGACGCUCUACAGCCGCUUCAUCUACCUGGCCACGGGGUACUACGACUACGACGAGCCUCUGCAGACCACGAUCCCCGGCAUCGGCGACUUCCAGGGCGACGUCAUCCACCCGCAGUUCUGGCCGGCCGACUACGACUACACAGGCAAGAACGUGGUGGUGAUUGGCAGCGGCGCCACGGCCGUGACGAUUGUGCCGUCGAUGACGGACCGCGCCGCGCACGUCACGAUGCUGCAGCGCAGUCCGACGUACAUCUUCCCGCUGCCGUCGCGGGGCGCGCUCUCGUCCGCCAUCUUCGCCGCGCUGCCCUGGGCGCUCGCGUACUGGCUGCACCGCGUCGGCUGGAUCCUGCAGACCAUCUUCAUGAUUGCGGCGUGCCGCGCCUGGCCGCGCCUGUCCCGGCGGUACAUUCGCUACGAGAACGCUAGGCUGCUGCCCGCGGGCGUGCCGUGGGAUCCGCACUUCAACCCGCGGUACAAGCCGUGGGAGCAGCGCCUGUGCGCGUCCAAGGACGGCGACAUCUUUGCCGCCUUGCGCUCCGGAAAGGCCAGCGUGGUGACGGACACGAUCAGCGCUGUCGGCAAGAACAGCAUCAGUCUUGCGUCGGGCGAGACGUUGUACCCGGACACCAUCGUCACGGCCACGGGGCUGAAGCUGCUCUUUGCCGGCGGCAUGCGGGUGACGGUGGACGGCACGGACAAGGACUAUGCAAAGAGCUUUCUCUGGAAAGGCACCAUGCUGCAGGACGUGCCGAACCUGUUCUUUACGAUUGGCUUUGAGAAUGCGGCCUGGACGCUGGGGUGCGACUGCGCCGCGCUGCUGGCCGUGCGCGUCAUCAAGGACAUGGACAGGCAGAAGGCCCGGGUCGCGGUUCCGCGGCUCGAUGCGGCUUCGGCUGGGUCCAUGACGCCCAAGCCGCUGUUCAGCUUGUCGGCUACGUAUCUGCAAAAGGUCAACGAGGAGCUGCCAAAGGCGGGCACGGGCGUCUGGGGGCCGCGCACCAACUACUUGGUGGACUUGUGGAAGACGCAGUACGGCGACGUCGAGACGUGCUUGGAAAUGAGAUGA